AGAAACUGCGGAAGUGGGACUCCCAAAUAGAUUCCCGUUGGAAGAGUAAAACACCGCGGCCCCUGUUGUUCACAUAAAAACUAAUCAAACCUCGGACUGACAUUCCCCCCUAAAGACAAUGGGCACCAGAGAUGACGAAUAUGACUAUUUGUUCAAAGUCGUCCUUAUUGGAGACUCUGGCGUGGGGAAGAGUAACCUGCUGUCCCGGUUCACCCGCAACGAGUUCAACCUGGAGAGUAAGAGCACCAUCGGAGUUGAGUUUGCCACGCGUAGCAUUCAGGUCGACGGCAAAACGGUGAAGGCGCAGAUCUGGGACACAGCUGGUCAGGAACGCUAUCGUGCCAUCACAUCAGCGUACUACCGCGGGGCGGUGGGCGCUCUCCUAGUCUACGACAUUGCCAAGCAUCUCACCUAUGAAAAUGUGGAGCGCUGGCUGAAGGAACUGAGAGAUCACGCGGACAGCAACAUUGUCAUCAUGCUGGUGGGCAACAAGAGCGACCUGCGUCACCUUCGUGCUGUCCCCACUGAUGAGGCCCGUGCCUUCGCUGAGAAAAACGGUUUAUCUUUCCUGGAGACGUCAGCUCUGGACUCAACCAACGUAGAGACAGCCUUCCAGACCAUUCUGACAGAGAUCUACCGCAUCGUCUCUCAGAAGCAGAUGUCAGAGCGUCAGGAGAGCGACAUGUCCCCGAGCAACAACGUGGUCAACAUCCAGGUGCAGCCCACUGAGAACAAACCAAAGAUGCAGUGCUGUCAGAACAUCUAGCCCCGUCCACCGCCGGUCUGCUGCUACUCCCCUCCUCCUCCUCUUCCCCUCCCUUCUCCCUCUCUCCCCAUUUCCUGGCUCACUACUCCACUCCCCCCUCCGCCUCAGAGAAUAGACUGCCUUGCGUACUGUGUGGUGAGGGAGGGACGACUCACGGCUUCAAAGCUGUGAACUCACCUCUGCACCCACCUGUACCUGCCUCCCCCUCCUGCCCUUUCUCCCCGCCCCCCCGCCCCCCCGCCCUAGGUGAAUAUAUCCCAGUAUAAGAAGAAGUCGCUGAGUGGGUGCCCCCAGCAGGACAGUAGGCAGUGAGCAUUUCAUAUCAUGUUAGAUUUCAUUAGUGUAGAAGCGCUGACACAAACGUCUUAAUAUAUGAAUGUGAUGAGUUUUUCUUCUUCUUCUCCACUUUUUUAUUGUCUCUGUCUUGUAUCAUAUAUCGACUGCAGCUGUAUAUGAAUUUAAAGCACAUCAAGGUUGCUGUGUUUUUCCUACAUAUAUAUAUAUAUAUAUCCUGUCAUUUUAGGCCCUGCCCCCUCCUCUUUAGUGCAAUGUACUGUUGGAAACCAUGUGGAUGUAUGGAGCACAACGUAAAUGUGUGUGUCCAUGCUCUCGUAGUUAAAAUUGCAUCUGAUUGCUGUGAAUAUUACGCCGGUGAAUUGUUUUGUGAGUUUUAAGUUCGCGCCAUGGAAACGUCAGUUGAGUGUGUACACAGUGCGCAGCCUUGUAAACCCUGUGGUCGCCGUGUCAACAACGGUCGCUGGGUUCGGACCAGCUUUGCAUGGCACCCUGCUGCGUUGCAUGUCCACUCAUGUUAAUGUUGUCCCGCUCUAAGUGGCGCCAUGUUGUGGUUGUAGACCACCAGACUUUAGGAAAAACAGUUUGAUUUGUUUUAAACUACAACUAUGCACAAACAAGCUGUUUGGAUUGUUUUUGUCCCCACUUUAUAGCUCAUGAAGGAAUAAAAAGACAGCAAAGGUAUCCUUUCAUUUACAUUCCCAUCAUAUUCCAAUAAUGUUAUAAUCACUCGUCUCCUGUAAGUCGUGCAAACUGAGCUCUGCAUGUAACCAAACACGUAGUUGCAACACAGAAGAAACGGGAAAUGGAUGAAGUUGUGUCGAAAAACGUUGCACUGAACCUUGUAACAUGUAUUUUAGUGAAUCUGCACCUCACAUCACGUUAGAUGAACUGCGUUUUAAAGAUGGUGCAACUGUUUAGAACCAAAAAACAGUUAAAUGUUAAACGCUGCAGAGGCUGAGGUUAAUCUGUUUCCUGAGAAGUAAAAGAUUUUGAGGACAUUUUUGAGAAUGAGCCUCGUUCUGAUUCGAUUCCGGUCACAGUGCCUCCUUCAUCUGUGUCAGAAAACACACACCUCAUUCACCUGUGACCAGGUCAUACUUGCCUCCUCCUUAACCACUAACCCCCUCAACCACUAACCAGUGACCCGUCUGUUGCUGGAGACAGAGUGCCGCGUUGUCCCGUCACAUGAAGCCUACCAACACCGAGCUGCCUCUGACUUCAACCCAGUGCAUGGCUUUCUGUACGACUGCAACUCCGCGUUGCAUCGCCUUAUGUAUCUAACAUUGCCAUUACUGUCCAUGGGUUAGCCGGGGUUCGCUAACAUGUGCUCAACAAGCUGACCGUCAUGUGUUAACACCCCUCUCAUCAACGACCCACUAACUGAACCCUGGAGCUUGUUCUGUAGAAGACGCAGGACGCAGCCGCGUGUGUGUGUGUGUGUGUGUGCGUGCGAAGAUGCUGAGGAUGGAGUGUGUGAGCGUGGCUGGCAGUGGCAAUGGCGUUUCUUGGAACAGACGGCACUGCCAGCCGAGCCCAUCCAGACUCGUUUUCUUCUGGUCCUGUUUCAUGCUCCUUUGUCGUUCCGUGUGUGUGUGUUUUUUUAAAUUGUUUGAUUUUCUUUUUUUUUACUUUAUUCUUAAAGUGACUGUAAGUCCAGUGUAAAUUCCAGUGUGUGAUAUGUCAUGUCAGUGAAUCUGGAGGGUUCCAUGUGAGGGGGGUCAUUACCAAUGGUUUUAUGUUUUGUACAGAUUGAUAAAUUGUACAAUUUAUGUCUAUAUCUUAAGUUAUCAGUUCAUCUUAUUAAAGCGCACCAGUCAUAAACCUUUA